AUUGCAAGCCGCUUACAGCAACAUGAUGUGCGAAGUCUUGCAAAGAUGCUGUCUGGCUUAAGCAUAGGGAGGCAACCGUCAUUGUGGGAAGAUUUGAAGGAUUGCAGAACGCCUCUUCUGUUCAUGUACGGAGAGAAAGAUACUAAAUUUAAGCAAAUUGCUGAGACAAUGAUCAACACAGUGAGCUCAGGCUGUGAGAGCGGGCGGAAAAUUGCAACAAUGUUCAUCAAGUGGUUGAGGUCCCCAACUGUGGGCAUGCUGUCCAUUUGGAGAACCCUCUUCCAGUCAUAUAUGCCUUGAGAACUUCAUGACCAGGUUAUAAAUGUUUAAUUAUGUUACCCAUUUGGAAGAUCAAAAUUCUCUGUAAUGUCUAUCAGUCUAUGUAAUACAAGCAUGAAUUGGUAAUGCAAGGUAAGCCAGUCAUGAAUAGAUAUGCAAACUUUUUAUCGGACUUGCAUGUGACAAAUGUAUGUUUAUUUAACCAAUGAUGAUUGAAUUGAAUAAAAGAGCUUUUUUUUUUUUUUUUUGA